CACAUACAUACGUAGUGUAUGCGCACCGCAGUGAAAUAAUGCCGUUAGGGCAACGCGCUCUAGUCAGCAUCGGCAAAGAAAUUUUUUUCUUCCUCGAUCCUUCUGUCUCCGCUUGUGUGGUCGACGAGUUGUUCUCUGAAAGCCAUGACAAAUUUCACCACACUCCUACCUCGACAUAUAUCAUACACUUUUACAUACCAGUCGCAGGAUAUCAAUUUCGGAGAAUGGACCACUCUGAUAACGCUGUGCCUGGCCCCGGUUCUUACCCACAUCCUCAUUGGCGCUCCCGAACAAAUUAUUAUUGCAAGACCUGGUCCAUCCUGGCUUGACAGUAUCUCUCACUACAACCCUAUAUCGAUUUUCUGGAGAUAUUAUGCAAUCACAGACCGCAGAAUCCGGACAACGAAUUGGAAUGCCGAUGAUAUGGUGGCCGCGAACUCAGCCGUUUGGUCAGAAUCGGGCUGGUAUAGUCCUCAGAUGUUGGACAAGAGAGCUUUGAAUGGCACCUAUGGUCAAUUUCCCCGGAAGAACAGGAUAUCUCUGAUCUCUACAUCAGCCUUCAAAACACUGAUCAUCACGCUUCAAGGCGUACAAUCGAUGUAUUACAUAAGGCCCUUCCCUGGGUGGAAACUCUACUCGCGAUCAUUCGCUACUAUCUUUGGCGCACUGGCAAUGAUGGGCUUCCUCCGCCUCUCCGCCGCACCCUGGCUUCUCGACGAUUCCGCGUCUCUCCAGCCAGCCUAUUCUGUGUAUAACGCCUAUCCUUCGACACUGAAUCUCAUGUCCGAGGACGACAGCGUAGCAGAAGACGACCCCAUGUCAAGAAGACUUCCGCGACGCAGCAGCCGUGGAAUAAUUGUUCGUGUGUAUUUCCUGUGGCUGGCGGCGGUAGUUCUGGGACUCGCAAUUUCAAACUACGUUCUUACUUAUAAAGGACCCGAUAUUUACAUGUCAGCCACGUUCUUGGCCGAAACAAUUUUCUUCUGUUUUCUCCUUGGCACCGGCACUUUCAUCGCAGGAUAUUACAUUAUAACCGACAGAUCGGACUCAACGAUUCUACCUUGUUUCAAUUCCUUGUGGUACAAAUACUAUACGGUGGUUUUGUAUGCAAUGGCCAUUUCAUUUAUAGUGGUCUCUGCACUUGAGACGAGGAAGACACCUGAGGGAGCGUACGUAGACUAUCCACCGGGCCGGAACGGAGCGGAUUGAUGCCAGGCUAUCGGAGCUUUUUCUUUCCUCGACUUUCCCUUCAUUACAAAGCUCUUUCAAUAUUUUCAUUUUGUUUUCCGCUGUUUCGACGCUAUACUAGCUCUCCUUACGUAUUUAAUGCGCGAGCACAUAACUUCUUGAAUUCCCUAUGUACAUAAAAGUAGCUGCUGGUUACUAUUUGUGAUCCAGCCUCGCUCUCAUCUUUACUUGCACGAUUCAUUUAAGCAUGC